AUGCAAUGUGUUUCUGCAGAUGCGCCGGAAUUCCACGACAAACCGCAUAUUGUGCAGCGUGAAGGUGGGAAUAUCAUUGUGAUCAAAGUGCGGGCGAAAUCGCAUUUGGAUAUGACUGCUGAAUGGUUUAAGGAUGACAAGCCGUUGAAAGCAAGUGAUCGAAUAAAAAUGGUCACAAAACAGGAUGACAAGGACAAAGAGGGAUUCCAGUACCUGCUUGAAAUACACGGACCGCAAAAAGACGAUCAAGCGAAGUAA